AUGGCACCGGCAGGUCUGCUACAGACCAGUCUAAUCUGGGUCGCGUACGGCGUGGCCGUUGCCCUGGUCCUGCUCGUCGCCGUCAUCACCAUACUUACCUGGCAGACGCCCCACGAUCGAUCCAUCGCCGUCAGCCUCGUUUCGAUUUUAAGCCUUACCGCGCUGCUCGCGACUGUUUUCCUUCUCCCCGUCGACAUCGCGCUCGUCUCGUCGACUUCGUCCGUCCACCUCGGCGCAAAGAAAGAUUGGGCCACGCCUGGUCGGAUUGACGGCAUCCUUCUAACACUUAAGAUUGUGUAUUACACGCUUUACACCCUCGAUGCUCUACUAUGUCUGCUCGUUAUCCCCUUCACCUAUUUCUGGUACGAGGAAUAUGACGAAGUGGAAGAAGAAGAAGGCACCAGCAGCCCGGGCUCUCGCCUUUGGCACGCAUUGAAGUACACGCUUGGAUUCGUGUUCCUUGUCGUGGCUCUCUUCCUCAUUGGCUUCUUUGUGCCCGCCGCCGGCAACAACAAUCCCGGAAAACACAUGGACUUGGACUACUUCAAGCGCUUGUUGGGGGCUAACAAUGGGGAGAAGGCGCUGACGUUCGGCAUCGGUCUUCUCAUUACCCUGGGAACUUUGCUCUAUACCUUCUACACGGGUGCCGGUUUGGCUCUACUUCCCGUGUCUUUUAUCAAAUCUGCCCCAUCUGUUUCCGCCCCGCAGCUCUCGGCAACAACUGCGUCGGACCUGGAGCACAACCGCGAGCUUCAGAGACAGCUGGAGAUACGUAACACUGGCCGGCCUGAAGGCUUGUCUCAGAAGGACAGGCGGGAGCUGGACGCGUUGUUGCGUGAGGAGCGAACGCUGGUGCGCCGCGAACGGCUGGCGGCCGAAGCGCGUGGCGACGGCCGCAGCACGAUUUACCGAAUCUGGACCAAGAUUGAAGCCAUUUUCAGGCCAUUGAAACUCCUGGGUGGCAUCUUUCUGCUUCUGCUAUCCAUCCUCGUCUGGGUGUCCAUGCUCAUCAGCGGCAUUGACAAGGCUGCAAACUCAGUCUGUAAACAGCACUGCGGGUACAUCCUUGGCCACCUGAACGUCUUUCAGCCCAUCAACUGGGUCUUUGUCCAGUCCGCCAAAGCUUUCCCCGUCGACUACAUCCUCAUGGCGCUCCUGAUCCUCUUCUUCUUCAGCAGCUCCAUCACCGGACUCGCCACCAUCGGUAUCCGCUUCCUGUGGGUGCGGAUUUUCCAAAUCAAGAAAGGCCGCACCGCACCGCAGGCCCUUCUCAUCGCCACGGUGCUGCUGGCGCUCAUGGUCCUCGCCAUCAACUACGCCGUUGCCAUGGUCGUCGCCCCUCAGUACGCCAUCUACGGCACGCAGACCUUUUGUGUUAACCCGCCGCGCCACCCGGGCAAGCAGCCCGAUUGCCGCGAGCAUCGUGACAUGGUGCGACCCUGUUCCGAGGCGUUUAGCGAGCCGGCUGCUAAGGACGUGUGCACACCGACCGUUAUGUCGACCUUCCUCAACCGUGUGACGCUCAACUGGCCGGUGUUUGGCGCCGUCGAUUUCUGGGCACAGUUUGCGUUUUUGGCGGUGUUUUUGGUCGUCUUUAUUACCAGUUUGUUCCGUACACCGCGUCUGGAUGUUAGUGAACUGGAUGAGGAGGCCGAGGUAGAUGAGGAGGAAGGGUUGUUGGCAAGCACCGGCCGGAGGUUUGGGGCUACGUGGGGGGAUAUUACCGGCCGGGCGAAGAGGUCGGCUGGUACUGGUGGGCAAAGCCGAAGUUAUGGUACGGCGGAUGGGCAAGAAAAUGGAGGACAAUCAGGUUCGCGGGAUUAA